UGUGACUUGCUCGGUAAUAACAGUUAUUACGGUUUGAUUUAGGUGAAAAUCGUUUGAAUUUUUACCGAACCAACGUCUGAGGAGAAGAUGAGGGCGGAACCUUCCAUUGAACCUGAACAGGGAAUUCAGAGUCCCAACCUGGAGGACUGCUUGAAACUGCUGAAAGGAGAGCGAGACGAACAGCGUCUUGCUGGCCUACUUCUCGUCACCAAGUUCUGCAAAGCUGAGGAUCACUCCUCUCUUCUGAGAGUGUAUGAUGCGGUUGGCCCUCGCUUUCUGUAUCGCCUUCUUAGAACUGGUAUGGGAAGUGGCUUCAAUGAGAAUCGCGAUGCAUAUUUAAGCCUAUCUAUCACUGUUCUUGCUGCAUUUUGUCGCGUUCCAGAUAUAGCUUCUUCGGAGGACAUGGUUUUGAAUAUUCCACUUGUGUUAGAAGUAAUAUCCACCCAGUCUGGCUCGUCUGUUCUUCAAGAAUGCUAUGAGUUUUUGUACUUGGUGUCAGCUGCUUCUGGAAAUGGAAUCACGAGAUUUUGUGAAUCUGAAGGCAUCAAGAUAUUAGCUUCUCAAAUGAGUGCUUUGCAAGACGGUUCACAUUUGAUGGAAUUAUCUUUCAAACUUCUGCAAUUGAUUCUGGGUAGGAUGUCCUUUGAAAUAUUCCAGAAUAAUGACUUAUCUGACAUUUCAGUUAUUGUGGCAGCAAUAGCAAGGCAAUUUGCUGUCUUGCACAAUUCCUUGAAAUUUGAAGCUCUCCACUUGCUGAAUGCCAUUCUUACCUCAAAAGAUUCUACACAACUUCGUAAUGCCCUGCGAUUACAUCCUCAAGAUAGCUGGUCAACCAAUAUCCACACUGGUAUAAUAGCUGUUCUGCAGAACCGUGUUGCUCCUGCUGAAAGGUUGCAGGCUCUCAUUUUAGCCGAGUCUAUGGUUUCCAUGCAUGGAGAGGAUUGGUUGGUUAGCCAAGUAAACACAAAUGAUGCACGAGAUCCAGCUUCAGCUAACAUGUGCCUUUUGCUUGUCUUGGAGCAGUCAAGGGUCGAAAUUGCUGUUCUACUGAAUGAGCUGGCAUAUUUGAAAUAUGAAGCGCCUCAGGAUACUUCAGCUACUGCUGAAGCAAUUUUUACGAAGCAACAUAAUGUGGCUGUUGCUUACUCUUUGGUUGAGAAGAUAAUAAAAUUAAUAUCAAAUGUUGAGGAAAAUGAUGGAAACCUCCUAGAUGAAGGCACACUAACAAAGCUGAUUCUCCAGCUUAACGAGACAAUUGCUGUUGUACUAGAGUAUUUGGAAGAUGCAAAGGAACAUGGGCAAAAGAAAGGGGAUGAUUUACUUGCUUCAGUGCGAAUUAUUGGGAGCUAUCUUGCAGAAGCACCCCUAGCAUGCAAGGAGAAGGUUCAAGAUCUUUUAGGGUAUAUGCUUUCCAUUGAAGGUGAAGAUGAACAAAGGCCCUUCUACUCUGUUUGCUUUCUUCUACCUAUGCUGUCUCAAAUUACUAUGAAGAUUGAAGGAUGCAAAGCUUUGGCUUCAUGCAAAGGACUUGAGGCUGUUUUAGAUUGCUUCAAUAAGUUAGUUGGGUCAAAUGCUUUUCUUGAGGACAAUGGUUGCAUUUUUUUGGCGUGUGAUACAAUAGUGAACCUACUAUUGAAGAAAGACAAAAUGCAUAUGAUGUUGGAUGAGUCUGCUAUUGUUCGUCUUCUUAAAGCAUUAGCUUAUUGGUCAGAUAACACUGAUGAAAUGUCUAGUAUGAUGAUGGCUGCAAGCAUCUGUGCACUGGUUUUUGAGUAUACAUCAGAAGAGGCUCUUUUGAAUCGACCUGAUUUCAACUAUAGCACUCUUCGCACUCUUUAUCUGCUCAUUGCAAGAUGUCUGACUUCAUCAGAACAGGGUACUAAAGAGGAUAUGGAUCUUUCAGAAAUUGUCUCAUCUGGCUUCUCUCGAUGGGCUCAUCGUUACCCCCGUAUCAGAGAGGCUGUCAAGACGUGAUUUUGAUCCUCUUAUCUGGAAGGUAUUCAUUGUAAAAGUGAAGUGAUGUGCCAAUACAUGCAAUUGGAAGAAGGGCUAAUUGAUUUGUCAUAAAUAUUAAUAGAUUUAUUUAUUAGAGAUAAAAGGUAAUAUGUUAGACUUUUUCUAAUUUAUUU